GGCUCCAGUUUAAAUCCCCUCGUGCCCGGUCUCAGCGGCCACAGCGCGAGGGCGACUGACGGCUCGAGGCAGCUGCUGGAGCUCUGGACACCUGUUGCCACGGAAACAGCGGGAAAAAAAUUACCAACAAAAGAAAACAGAACUAAAAACCCGCUGCACAGCCAGGUGUUUCCUCCACAGCUGUUAAAGACAGUCAGCCAUGUCAUCUACAGUGUUGCUUAAUCUGCUGCGUUGUGGUCGCUCCACCAUCGCCAGACAAACCUUCCUCGCAGCACGCUCCUCGCCAGGAACCUCCACAGCUUCUGGGCAGGUGGACGGUGUGUUGUUUGGGGUGGUGGGCGCACGGCGGGCCAGUGGGUCGGUCCGCUUCGACAGCGACGGCAGUGGCCAGCUGGUCACCUGGGACUCAUUUGGUAUCUGGGACAACAGGAUAGAAGAACCAAUACUUCUGCCCUCCAGUAUCAGAUAUGGCAAACCCAUUCCACAGGUCAGUCUGUCCCGGGUUGGCAGCGCGUCUGUUUUGGGUCUCAGGAAGCAGAACGAGGACCGUCUCCGUGUCGCCCGUAUUCAUGACAACCUGCAGUACUUUGCCGUGUUUGAUGGCCAUGGUGGCCCUCAUGCUGCCGACUAUUGCUACACCUUUAUGGAGAAGUUUAUUAGAGAUGCUUUGGAGGAGGAAGAUGAUCUGGAGAAAGUUUUAAAGAAAGCCUUUUUAGAUGUUGACAAGGCUCUACACACACAUCUUAGCUACUUCAACAACGCCUCUUUCCUGACAGCCGGCACCACUGCGACGGUUGCUAUGCUACGUGAUGGUGUGGAGCUGGUGGUGGGUAGUGUUGGCGACAGCCGGGCAAUGCUGUGCAGGAAGGGAAGAGCUAACAAGCUCACCAAAGACCACACGCCUGACCGCAAGGAUGAGAGACACAGGAUCCAGAGGUUCGGUGGCUUUGUGACGUGGAACAGCGUCGGUCAGGCCAACGUUAAUGGCCGGCUUGCCAUGACUCGCAGCAUCGGAGACUUCCACCUGAAAACCAGCGGUGUCAUUGCUGAACCCGAUACACAACGGCUCACUAUCCAGCACGCCAACGACAGCUUCCUGGCUCUGACCACCGACGGCAUCAACUUCCUGCUGAGUGACCAGGAGAUCUGUGAUGUCAUCAACCAGUGCCAAGACCCCACGGAGGCUGCUGAUGUCAUCGCUCAGCAGGCGUUGCAGUACGGCUCGGAGGACAAUGCCACUAUCAUCAUCGUCCCUUUCGGAGCCUGGGGGAAACAUCAGAGCUCCACCGCCGUCUACAGCAUGAGCAGAAACUUUACUUCAAGUGGGAGAUGGGCGUAGACACACAUGUACAAAAACAUCACUGAGCUCUAGAGCGAUCAAGAAAAUGACUUUGACUUGAAGGACACCAACAUUUUCAAUCUUUUUCCAACUCAAAAUUAUCUUUUAAUCAUCUUGAAUUCACGUGAAGACGGCACCUGUCCCUCAGGCUGUGACCCACGGUAGUGCUGGCUUUAGGUUCCGCGUGUCCGCUCCCAGCUGACUAGUCAACAAGGUAUAUAGAGUGUAUAUUAAUAUAUUGUACAUACAGAGAGGUUUGCUGCAGUGUUUAUAUCUGUGUCGCGUUUGUUAACCUGACCUGCGUGCUUUGUGCAUUUAGACAAAACAUUUAAGAUCCCUCCUGUAUUUUUAGGCAGCAGAUGUUGAAGGUUUGCUGCUGUCGAGUGAAGUUUUAACGUCAAACUUCCAAAAUGUCGACUUGUCGGGAAGAAAGAAAAUGCAGUUAAGUUUCUAUUUGAUAUUGAGUUUUUCCAGAGGCACCAAAGAAAAGUCUUGGAGAGUUUAAAACAGGCGUUUUUGUUAAAGGAGACCUAUUAUACAGCAUUUCCAGGCCUAUAUUGUAGUUCUGUGACUCCUCUAUGAUUCAAAUUCAAAAAAUUGAUUUUCUAUCUUAUGCUGGCCCUUCAUGCAGGCCCUCGUUUCAGCCUCCGUCUGAAACAAGCUAUAGAUGCUCCUGUCUCUUUGACGCCCUUCUCCAAACCCCACUGCUGCAGGAAUGGGGCUGCAUGUUCCUUUGUGGGCGUGGCCAGCAUUCUCUGCCUGGAGCAAAUGACCAUAUAUGGAAAUCCAGAACGACAUCAUACAUUGGUAGAAAAAACAGUUCAAACAGAGCGUUCAGAACAGGGGGAUAUCUGAGGUUUUGGCUCACAGGAAUUUCUUUUAAAUACGUUGAAGCUUUGGUCAUGUUUAACAUGAACAUCUGACAUUGUAACAUUAUAGAAAUGCCAGAAAAUAUGAAAUAGCAUAAUAGGUUCCCCUUAAAAACUAAUUAUUUUAUCCAAGGUGACACUUGCACAAUGUUACUUUUAAAGCUGUCAGGUUUGCUAAAUGGUAACACAUGUGAAAGUAACACAAAGAUACAAAUCAGGCAGUUUAUAUCAAGGAGUUUUUCUCUGGUAUUCACCAAUUUUUCAAGGACGAAUGACUGAAGUAACUGUGGGAAACACCACAGAUAACAAAUACUACGUAAAGUAAUAAAAGCUAAAGACAAACCUGCCUAUAACUGAACCUUGUUUAUUGUCUAUUAUUCUGUUCAGUAAUGAUUCUGGUCUUUUAUUUCUUAGUGUAACAGCAUAAAAGCCAAACUACCCUGUAAAAGUGUAAGAUUAAUUAUCAUAGCAUAGAUUAUUAUCAUGGAAUUGAGGGACAUAUACUUAUAUUGCCCAAAAUUAUGUUGUAUCAUUGAUUUUCCUCUAAUUUUUACAUAGUUAAAAUGUGAAAAUGUUUACUUCCUCUGGCUUCUGAAAGUCUCCAAACUGAAACACAAGAGACGGAAAAAUGACCCUUUAUUGGACUGAUCAUAAUUCACGUCCACACUUAUAAACCUGUGAUGAAGGGUUAACCGUAGUUAUUAUUUAAGGGGUCACAACAGCUCCUAUAAGCUGUCCGCAGCCAGUGAGGUAACAACAUCCCAAAAUAUGAGUUUCUAUUGUAGUUUCUACUACAAAAGAUUCAGUUUUGACUGUUUUACUCGGUCAGUCAAUUUUUAUUUCUUAGGGACAAGUCGCCAUAUUGGAGGAGUGACAACAAACAACUUUAUAUUUUCUGUACUUAAGGUAAAACUGUUUUAUCACAAACCAUGUAAUUGGACCGUCCAGUGUGUCCGUUAUCAACUGUGUUGUCCAGUGUUUUUGAACGAGAUGCUGAGUCGUCUACCAGCUUCCAGACUUCUGAUCUUGGGCUCUGACCUUUGAUCCCUGACCUCCCUGAGGAGACGGACCAUCCAUGAGAGGGAUCUGGGAUGAAUAAAGUUAAACUCAAACUUCA